GUUUCGGAAGAUUUAGGCACUUCUUUCAUACUGACAUUCUGUUGUUUUGUCUUACUUGUUCCGACAGUUCCGACUUUUGUUUUGCGAAUUUUGUGAUUAACUGAUCAAUUUGUGAUUGUUUGGACUGUGGGAUAGUUGGAGUUUGGAGUGUUUUUUAGAGAAUCCAUAAUUGAAAUUCUCGAAAAUUUUAGACUGCAUGAACAUUUGGUUUCCUCAAUUUGAAAAAGAUUCAAAGCAGUUUUGAAAAAUGUCCAUCCUAGCGUACAACGGGGGUGCCAUGGUGGCUAUGAAAGGAGAAAAUUGUGUUUCGAUAGCAACAGACAGAAGAUUCGGUAUCCAAGCACAAACUAUUGCCACAAACUUUGAAAAAGUAUUCCAGAUGGGCCCCCACCUGUACGUGGGCCUGCCAGGUCUGGCCACCGACACGCAAACAGUAAUGGAGAAGCUCAGAUUUCGCAAAAACCUGUACGAGCUCAAAGAAAAUAGACUGAUGUCACCAAAAGUAUUUGCAGCUAUGCUCUCAAACUUGCUCUAUGAAAAGCGAUUUGGGCCGUUUUUCGUGGAGCCUGUUGUUGCAGGACUCAUGCCCAAGACCUACGAGCCCUACAUCUGCAAUAUGGAUCUGAUUGGGUGUAUUAAUCCUCCAAAUGAUUUUGUUGUUGGGGGUACAGCUUCUGCACAGCUUUAUGGUAUGUGUGAGGCUCUCUGGGAGCCCAAUUUGGGGCCUGAGGAUCUGUUUGAGACCACCUCUCAGGCUUUGAUCAAUGCCUUCGAUAGGGACGCUAUUUCUGGAUGGGGGGCCACUGUUUAUAUAAUAGAAAAGGAUAAGGUUACUAUCAAGAAUUUGAAAACACGAAUGGAUUAAGGAUGGAGUUCUAUUUUUUUUUAUAUCAAAUAUUCGCUAAUUAAAUUAAUAUUCAUAAUUGUGUUUCUGAUUUCUGAAACUUUCUUGUUUAGGCUGUCCGGCUAAUUUCAGUGAACU